GCGACUAGUUAAAUUUCUUCUCACUAACUGUGAGUAGUCGAUGUCGGUAUUUUUUGUACGGAAGAUAAUAAAAAGUUUUCGUCUAAUUCGUUCUCUCUUCUUUAUUGAUAGUGUAAAGUUUAUUAAAUUGGGGAAAUCUAUUCGAAAUAAUAAGUAUAUAUAAUAUUAUAAAUAGUGUCAAAUGCAUACCUAAGAAUCAGUAUGGAUUUUAGAGUUUAACGUGUGAAUAUGUGGUAAUAGAAGUUUGGAAACAAUUGCUUUGAUUAUUUGUAGUUCUUUUUACUCGAUGUAUUUAUGUAUGUGUGUAUACGCAUUCAUGCAUCUAUAAAAGUUUAUUAAAAUUGUGGUACAUUAGUUUACGUCGAAGGGAAAAGUGAAGGCACAUAUUUUUGGCAAUGCCUGUCAAUGUAUUAAUGAUAACAAAAUUAGCAAGAAAAUAUUGUGAUUAAAUAAAAGCAACAUAUUAACAUUAAUACACAGAAGAGGAAAUUUCUCAUAAACCAACAUCCACCCCCCGCAUCGUUCGAGAGUAAAGUUCAGAAGUACAUACAUAUGUAUAUAAAUUAAAGACAAAAUAUAUAGUGAAGUUAAUAAUAGUAAAAACAUUGAAAUAUAUAACUAAAUUUUAACACCUUGUAAUAGUUAGAAAAUUGUUUAAAUGAGCCCAACAAUCAAAACAGUCGCCUGAUUAAAACAAAACUCGAUAAUAAAUGUUGGAUAUACACCACGUGUGAUAUGAGAUGCAAAGUAAACCUUAUCUACCACAAUGUAUUAAGUAGUACUUUCAGCCCUAAUGACUCUGUGCUAUUACUCCCAAUCAUUUACUUACUGUAAGAGCGAAAGAAAAUAUGUUACUUAUAAGUGCGCUCGCCCUGGGUUUUGUGGACUCAACAAAUUUCAAUGCAGGCAUUCACUUGGGCAUAUUUAAUCUUGCGACAACAGCGGUGGCUGCAGCCACAACGUCGGCGAUAAAUACAGCUGUUGCAGAAGAUAACGUGGACGCUGUGAUAAGUGGCACAAUGCCGAUAAUAUCCACAGAAGACACUCAUGUUAAAGCUUUGACAACAGAUGCUGUUAGUGGGACUUCAAUAGCGCAUACAACGACAUCAGUUGGCAGUAGUGCGGGCAGUGGUACCAUUACUUGGGAUAACAAUGGUACUCUUCGAUCACUUAAUCCAGGCGAUUGGUCGAUCGAACAGUGUGUUAUUUGGGAAAGGCCUCAUCAUCUUUAUUAUCAACUCGGGAAUGCCUUCUUUCUACUAGCAUUCUUGGCACCGCAUGGACCUUUUGGUGCAUUGUGGCUGAGAGCACUGAUCCUCAUCGGAUGCACGCUGAUGGCGAUGUAUGGCUACUUGGUAGAGUGUAAACCAGAUAUAGUGAUCUGGUCUGGACUAUUUUUCAUCGUCAAUUUCAUUUACCUAAUUAUUGUCUUGUGUCGAUUGCGACCUGUUCGAUUCGAUAAAGAAAUUGAAGGGGUAUAUGCCAGUUUAUUUAAACCCCUUCGCGUGACGAGACAUCAGUUCAAAAAAAUUUUGAGUUGUAUGAAACUAAUCCGAUCGUUGAAAUACCAGGAAGUGUAUGCGCAAGAGAAAAUAACCAAAGUUGAUAGUCUAUCGCUCGUUCUGUCUGGAAAGUUGGUUGUAUCACAGAAUCAGAGGGCUUUACAUAUAGUGUUUCCUCAUCAGUUCCUAGAUUCACCAGAAUGGUUUGGAGUAUCAACCGAUGAUUACUUUCAGGUAUCUAUUAUGGCUAUGGAGGAGUCACGCGUUCUUAUUUGGCAUCGUGACAAAUUAAAAUUAUCGAUAAUGGCUGAACCAUUUUUACAAUCAGUUUUUGAUCACAUUUUGGGCCGCGACGUUGUCAAGAAGUUGAUGCAAGUCACACAGGUAAGCGAAUCCAUAGCUAGUAAUGGAUUUUUACCAUCGGGCAGUUAUGAUGAUGCCGAAGACAAGCCCAUGCUGAUCAUGAAGAAGAGUGUGGAAGGACAUGGCUUAACGGCAUUAAUAAAUCGCCAGCUUCAGGAAGAGCAUGUACCUUUACUUGGCCGUACCUAUAAAUCUAAUACACUGCAUAUGGUGUCAAAUCAGCCAGUGCAAGCGCCAAAUCAAAAAUCUGCUUUAUCAUCUACUCGGCAUAAAAGUGUCGUACGCAAAGAGUUAACGUCUCCAUGCUAAUGGACAAUUGAUCACUCAGGCUAAAAGCGAUGCGAUCGAGCACAGCAGAAACGCAAACUCACACGCAAGCGUAAAUUUAAAGACGAAAUGCAUUUGCUGCGUAGACGCUAUAUUGCCGCCAACACCAUUGCUUCCACCAUCGCCCCAACUAUCAACGGCCAUCAUUCAUAUACCCACCAUUCAUUGCUAAUAUUCAUCUGAUCACACUACAGUUUUCUUAAGUUCGUGCACAACACGUCAUACGAGUAUGCACCUCAUAUGUACUGGAUAUGAGUUAUUAAAAAAUUAGUUUUUCAAAAAACACAAAUAUUGUAAACUUUUAUGUCGCCAUGUUAUGUUUUUUAGUUUGAUUAUUUUUUAAUAUAAAAAAAUGUAGUUUGCUUGUGCAGCGAUGGAAAAUCCGCUCUAAAGCUCAUAAUAACUGUUAUUAUUAGAUUUAUCCCAGAAGCGACAACUAAUGAAUCGAGUAAAUAAUUUGAAAUAUACCAAAAAGUUGAAACACAAAUACAUAUAUUAUAACUCUUGUGUAAACUACAUAUCGUCACCUAAAAUGCAAAAUAACGUAUGAUCAAAAAAUUCGAAAUUGAGUAUUUUAGUGAUUACGAUUCACUACUUCAAAAUACAUACGUACAGAUAUAAGUACAUAUGCCCAACAUUUGAAAGUUCUGCCACCAAAUAUAAUCUAGUUUUAACCAAUAUUUAAAAUUUGUUACAUAACAUGUUUCUUCCCCCAUAAAUUUCUGAAAAUGUUGUUACGUUAUUUUGCAUUUUAGGUGACGAUAUAUGCUUCUUUUUAGUAUAAAGAUAUGUAUGUAUAUAGGUACAUAUGUAUAUGUAUGUAUGUAUGUAAAUAGUAAAGUUGUAUACAAAACUAAUUAAAGCGUCUAGAAGCUCAAUUUUGCGAGUUUGUGUUUAAUAUAUAGUAUAUGUAACUACGUAGAAAUAAAUUUAACUACUUAAUGACAAAUUAA